AUGGAGAGCAUGACCAUGAGCGGACCAAGCACCAGCACUGACGCUGUUCAGGUAUUCGUGUUUGGAGAUCAGAGUAGCUGCAGCUUGUCGAACUUACAGCUGCUUCUUCUGAAGAAGAACAACCCUUACUUGACGUCUUUCAUUGAGCAAGCCAACUACAUCCUCAGACAUGAAAUAGCUCAGCUUACCGCUGCGGAGCGUCAAUCGUUUCCUGCUUUUUCCAGCAUACAGAAUCUUGUAGCUCGAGGGAUCAAGAAAGAGAAGAACGCAGCAUUUGAAAGCACUUUGGCAACUAUUUACCAGAUCUGUUGCUUUAUCAACUACUUUGGAGAUGGCCAACACGCGUAUCCAACCGGUUCGAAUAGCUACGUCUCUGGAUUAUGCAUCGGAGCAUUAACCGCAGCCGCGAUUUCUUCGUCAAAGUCUCUCAGCGAGCUAGUGCAAACAGGUGUCGACGCCGUUCGGGUGUCGCUUAGAGUUGGCCUCUUAGUUGCCCGAACGGCAGCCUUGUUCGGACGUCCGGAGUCUGGUAGUACCUCGUCUUGGUCAUACGUUGUUUCGGAGUCACAAUUUCCGCUGGAACUAGCUAAAAAGGCCAUUGCGUCCUACAGAGAGAAAGCCAACAUUCCACCACUCUCCUCGCCCUAUGUCAGCGCCAAGGGCCAAAACUCUUGGACUGUCAGUGGUCCACCGGCAAUUGUGCAGGACUUCCUAAAGACUUCGCAAUUUGGAGAGACAUUGAAGUUUUCCCCCAUCGCUGUGCAUGCACCGUUUCACGCACCGCACAUUUUCACCGUCGAGGAUGUUGAACACAUUCUUCAAGGUGUUGGAUCGGUCAGCGACUUAUCUGGCAAAAUAUCAUUCAUUUCCAGCUCUUUCAGUCGCAAGUCUCUCAGCGAGAAGAAAUUCAAGAACUUGCUCUACCAUGCUGUUGAGGGUAUUCUCAUCCUCCCGCUGGAUCUGGGAGAGACAGCUGGAAACAUACAGCAAAGUCUCAAAACGUCAUUUGAACCUGUGGUGUCGAAAAGAGUCGUGGUAGUUGACAGUAUCAUGGAAGCCAUCGCGGCAGGCCCUGAGCCCACUGCCCGAAACUCUGCUAAACACAGCGAGUCUAAGAUUGCCAUCAUCGGGCUUGACGUUCAUCGGCCUGUACCACCAGACAGAUACAACGGAGAGCUAUACUAUGAUCCCACUGGGAAAAAGAAGAACACAAGCAAGAUCAACCAUGGAUGCUGGAUCAACGAGCCGGGCUUGUUUGAUGCAAAGUUCUUCAACAUCUCUCCCAAAGAGGCAGAACAGUCCGACCCUGGACAGCGCUUAGCUUUAGCAACGGCGUACGAGGCUCUUGAGAUGGCAGGUGUCGUUGCUGAUAGAACACCAUCGACUCAACGAGACCGUGUUGGAGUUUUCUACGGCAUGACCAGUGGGAAUCGAGCCUUUACACCAGGAAAGAUAAAUUAUUUCUUCAAGUAUUGCGGCCCAUCAGUCAGUGUCGACACUGCAUGCUCAUCCAGUCUUGCAGCUAUUCACUUAGCUUGCAACUCUAUCUGGCGCAAUGAAUGCGAUAUGGCCAUUGCAGGUGGCACAAAUGUCAUGUCAAACCCCGACAGCUUUGCAGGGCUGGAUCGCGGGCAUUUCCUCUCAACGACAGGUAACUGCAACACCUUUGACGAUGCAGCCGACGGUUACUGCCGAGCAGACGCCGUCGGUACUGUCGUUCUCAAGAGGCUGGAUGAUGCAAUUGCAGACCAUGAUCCUAUCCUAGGAGUCAUUCUCGGCGCUCUUACCAAUCACUCUGCCGAAUCUGUGUCAAUUACCAGACCACACUGCGGCGCUCAAGAGGAGAUUUUCUCUAAGCUACUGAGUGAGACUGGCGUCCAUCCUCAUGAAGUCAGCUACAUCGAAAUGCAUGGCACCGGAACCCAAGCCGGUGAUGCAACUGAGAUGUCCUCUGUUCUUAGCUGCUUUGCUCCAUCGACAAAGCGACUGCCGCAUGAGAGCCUUCACUUGGGCUCAACAAAGGCAAACGUCGGCCACUCUGAAUCUGCAUCUGGUGUGACAGCACUGAUCAAGGUUCUGAUGAUGAUGGAGAAGAACAUGAUUCCACCGCAUUGUGGAAUCAAGGGCAAGAUCAAUCACAAGUUUCCGACUGAUUUGAAGGAACGCAACGUCCAUAUUGCUUUCAAGCCCACGGAGUGGAAGAGACGAGCGGAGUUUAACAAUAUUCGCCGCACCUUUGUCAACAACUUUUCUGCUGCUGGCGGCAACACUGCACUAAUUCUGGAGGACUAUCCAGAACUCACCAGGAGCUCACUGCAAGAUCCUCGAACUGCCCAUGUGGUGACGAUAUCUGCCAAAUCUAUUCCAUCUCUUAAAGGAAAUAUCCAGAAGAUGAGAGCCUAUGUGCAGCAGAAUAUGUCCACAGAAGGCUUCCUGAGCAAGCUUGCCUAUACAACUACAGCUCGGCGUAUGCAUCAUCCUUUCCGUGUUGCAAUCACCGCUGCAAGCUGUGAGCAGCUCCUAGACGCUUUGAAUGAUGAGGUGAAGAAGGACAGUUACAAACGCUCCCCGGAAGCACCCGUCGCCUUUGUCUUCAGCGGUCAAGGGUCGCAGUAUAGCGCCAUGGGCCAGCAUUUGCUCCAGUUUGCGACCUUCCGUGAUGAGAUCAACUCCUACGACAUGUUGGCACAGCGACAUGGGUUGCCAUCAAUUAUGCCACUGAUCGAUGGCUCUGUCGAUAUUGAUGACCUUGAGCCACUGGUUGUCCAACUCGGUACCACUUGUGUUCAGAUGGCACUUGCAAGCCUCUGGGAAUCAUUGGGUAUGAAGCCAACCUACGUGCUCGGCCAUAGUCUAGGCCACUACGCCGCAUUGAAAGCCGCUGGUGUUCUCACGGCAAGUGAUACAAUCUACGUGGUCGGUAUGAGGGCUCGCCUCCUUCAAGCCAAAUGCACCAAGGGAAGCCACGCUAUGCUGGCAAUUCGAAGCAGCGUCGAUCAGGUUCAGGCAUACCUAGACGCAAGUAUCUAUGACAUCGCCUGCGUUAACGGCCCUCAAGAUACUGUUGUCAGUGGCCGGGUCGAUGACAUCGAAAGCCUCUCUCAGAAGCUUGCGGCUGAUGGCGUCAAAGCGACAAAGGUCAAUGUUCCGUUCGCGUUCCAUUCAGCUCAGGUUGACCCUGUACUAGAGGAGCUUGAAAAAAUUGCCUCUCACGUUACAUUCCACCCUGCAAGAGUACCAAUCGGCUGUCCUCUCUUAGCCAAGACCUCCCUUGUUGGUGAGACACCUUUCUUUGAUGCCAAGCACAUCAGCCGCCACUGUAGGGAGGCCGUGAACUUCCGAGAUGUUCUGCAGUCUGCCAGAGAUGAUGGCUUAGUCUCCGAUAAGACAGUCUGGAUCGAGCUCGGCCCGCACACAACUCUCUCUUCAACUCUCUCAACUUUGUAUGGUCAAGGGUUAUCCAUCGCAUGGGAUGAAUUCCACCAUGACUUUGAAGCCUGCAAAGAAGUCCUGCGACUGCCCGCUUACAGCUGGGAUAACAAGAGAUACUGGAUUGAGUACGUGUAUGAUUGGCUACUCACAAGAGGCGAUCCUCCUCUUCAAAUUGAGGCUGCUCCAUUGCCAGCACCCACAUCCACUUUCUCAACUGCUUCAGUGCAUCGAAUUGUCAGUGAAGGUGUUGACAAUGGAAAGCUUACCAUUACCGCGGAGUGUGAAUUCACGAGCGAGCAGUUACACGAAGUGGUAUAUGGUCACGUUGUUAAUGGCAAUCGCGUUUGCUCAUCGUCAUUGUACACAGAUUUCGGAGUCACAUUGGGCAUGUAUGUCCUCGAGAAAUAUCGCAUGGAUCUCAAGGAUUACGCGGUAGAUGUCCAGAAGAUGGUCAUCAAUAAGCCUCUGGUUCACAAAGAAGGCCCUCAAAUGCUCCUCAGGAUUGACAUCAAGCACGACAUGAAUGGUAGCGAUACUGCAAUCAUGUCUAUUUAUAGUGUCAAUGCUAAGGGAAGCAAGACUGUCGACCAUGCUAAAAGCACACUCUACUUUGGUCAACCCAAGGUCUGGCUUCAGAAUUGGGAGAGCCCUCAAUACUAUGUGGAGAGAAGCAUCGAUUGGCUCAAAGAGAAGGCUGAUGCAGGUCUCAACAGCCGCCUCUCUUCUGGUGUCAUUUACAAGCUCUUUUCCAGCUUGGUCGAUUACAGCAAUGCUUAUAAAGGAAUGCAGGAAGCCAUCAUCAAUGCCGACGACUUUGAAGCGACCGCUCUGGUUCGGUUCCAAGUUGAUGAGGGCAACUUCCGCUGCAACCCCAUGUGGGUAGACUGCUGCGGUCACCUUGCCGGAUUCUUGAUGAACGGACAUUCCAAGACCCCCAAGGACCAAGUGUAUAUCAACCAUGGCUGGGAUACUUUCAGAACCGUGAGAAAAUUUCACAAGGACAAGACGUAUCGUACUUACGUCAGGAUGCGGCCUUAUGAAGGCACCAUUUAUGCCGGAGAUGUUUACAUCUUCGACGAUGAAGGCAUCGUUGGUGUCUGCGGUAAUAUCAAGUUCCAAGGUAUUUCCCGAAAGGUGCUCGACAGCGCGAUGCCGCCGCCAAAGUCUGCAAACGAGCCUCAAGGCACUACGCGUCUGACCACUGCUGCUGUUAAAGAGGUGCCUAAGACAGCAGCAAUUGCGGAACCUCUGAGCCGCGUUGCUGGCAAUCGCCAAAUUGAGCCCAUGAAGCUCGAUGCAGCUUUGAAGUCGGCUUCUGCUGCAAGGGACCCUAUGCAGGCUGUUCGCAAGAUCGUGGCCGAGGAGAUUGGUAUUCCUCUGGCCAGCGUUCAAGAUGAUCUUGACUUUACAGAUUAUGGGGUUGACUCACUUCUUUCUCUCAACAUUUCUGGUCGACUCCGCGAGGAACUUGAUAUAGAUGUUCCCUCGUCCGUCUUCGAAACCUGCCCAACACUCGCAGAUUUUGCUGCUCAUCUUGGCUUCAACACGUCCUCAUCGGAUGAGUCUUCUGAACAGUCAAGUGUAUUUGACACCAUGUCCCCCACCAGUGAGCCUUUUGGGUCAGUUAGCAAUGCGACUACCCCUCCAGCUCGAAGUCAGCGAGAGUCUAUGUCUACCAGUAUGGGCAAAGAUAUGGCGGCUAUCUUAGCUGAGGAGAUUGGAGUGUCUGCGAGCGAGAUCAUGAAUGGCGCCGAUCUGGGUGAGUUGGGCAUGGAUUCUCUAAUGUCACUGACUGUACUCGGCCGUCUCCGUGAAGAGUUGGAACUCGAGUUGGAGGAUGACUUUUUCAUCUCUCAUCCCACUUUUGAAUCUUUCCAGUACCUCUUCCAACAAGAGCUCGAACAAGAAAUUGUGCAAGAAGUCGCGCAAGUGGUGCAAGAAGUAGCGCCAAAGAUGUCUGCAGAGUUGCAGAAGUAUCGCGCAACUUCAACCCUCCUACAGGGCAGCCCCAAGACUGCGACCUAUACGCUGUUCCUCUUCCCAGACGGUUCUGGUUCCGCAACUUCAUAUGGACCCAUUGACGCAAUCGGCAAGGACGUCUGUGUGUAUGGUCUCAACUGCCCAUGGCUCAAAGAUGCCGAGAAACUGGUUCAGUUUGGUCUCAAGGGCCUUGCAUCGCUGUACGUCCAAGAGGUUAGACGCAGAGUACCUCAUGGGCCAUACAAUGUAGGUGGAUGGUCCGCAGGAGGCAUUUGCGCCUAUGAAGCGGCAAUUCAAUUCACUCGCGAAGGUGAAACCGUCCAGCGUCUUAUCCUCCUCGACUCUCCCAACCCUAUUGGUCUAGAGAAGCUACCCGCACGGUUGUUCGAUUUCAUCAACGGCCUGGGACUUUUUGGUUCCGGCAAAGCACCGGAUUGGCUUCUUGCGCAUUUCCUCGCGUUUAUCGAUGCUCUUGAUGAUUGGAAGCCAGUCCCCUGGGAUAAAGCAGUCGAUGGUAAAGCGCCGGCGCCGAAGACAUUUAUUCUCUGGGCUGAAGAUGGUGUGUGCAAGAAUACUACUGAACGCCCAGAGUAUAGAGAUGAUGAUCCCCGAGAAAUGCGGUGGUUGCUUGAGCAGCGAACCAACUUUGGAGGUAACAAUUGGGAUGUUUUGCUAGGAGAGAGGAACCUCAACAUCAAACGUAUACAGGAUGCAAACCACUUUACCAUGUUACACAAGGGUAAGAACACCGAACGUGUGGCGGCGUUCAUCAAGAGCUCCUUUGUUUAG